UACUAAUCUGUGGAAAAGUGGUUGAAUUGAAGUGGAAGUGAAUUUUACGAAUGUUUUAAUUUCUGGAUUAAUUUUAUUUUAAUUUCGAUACUUAUAAUGGCAGAAGAUAAUGAUCUUCGGGAGAAAAAUAAUGAGAUGGUGAAAGCAGUACAGCAUUGGAAGAUGACGGCCGCACAAAAGGAAAACGAAAAACUAGAGCUAAAGAAGGAAGUAAACGAGCUUAGGUUUAAACUUUCUAGACUCCGAAAUGCUGAAUCUACUCGUGCCAGAAAACUGAAUGCAGAAUUGCAAUCAGCAAGCGAGGAGGUCCUAUCCCAACUUGUGCAAGCUUCUAGUACAGUUGCAAGAAUGUUGGAACUUGUAAAGUCAUUUAUGCAAGAUCGAGAGCAGCUUGAGUCUGCAAUGCCUCGGUGGAGCAACUUGGCCAAUACUCCCUCUAACGAGAAAGUUAAUAGGGUUUACCCAAUGGUGAUCAAUGGGAGACACCUUCAACCAGUAGUUGCAUUGCGUAGGAAUGAGCAUAUAGCUGAGCCACCAAACAUGAAUAUCUCAAUGAGAGCUGUACCCUUGCAUAUGCUCCAAGUUUACGUCCCGCUAACUCGUAUCGACGCAAGGCGUGCCAGCCGGAAUGCUGAACGUCCCACCAGGAAUGCUGAUGCCAAUGCAGAAGCAACCACACCUAACGAUAGUACAGAAGACUUGGCGUUAGAUGAUGGCAGCGAAGGUACUGAUCAGUCCUCAGAUCAGGAAGAAUUUCAAGAAGAAGAUUCAUCAAGAUUGGAAGUUGUCGCAGAGGAACUAGAGAUGGGAGAUGAGACUCCAACAAGCAGAGCAAUGAUCGACGAUCCGAUGGAAGGACCAAGCUGGCUCUUGGACCUACCUAGAGAUAGCCCUAAGAUUAAUAAGCAAAGCAAGUUGGAGCCAGAUUCUACCACCGAGAUACACGAAACUGAGCCACUACCCGGUCCCAGUCGCCUACAGGUGGAGAUCCCACCGCAGUCGGUGUCGGCGUCGUGCGAGUUCACGCCCACCGUGCGGCGCCGGAAACGCGCCACGCCUACGCCGCCUGCCUCGCCGCGCUCCCCUCACUUCUCGCCAAGGCCCGCACGCCGCAACAGCAAAGACGGCCGCGUCCUCAAAGUGUUGGUCGCGAAAUUGCGGUUAGACGACGACGAAGGCGGCAGCGGGGACGCCUCGCCGCCGAAACGGGCGAACCUGACCCAAGCACCUACCAAAAAGCCCAUUCCCACCGAAACGCCACCAAGACAUAACCCGACUGAACUAUCGAUAAGGCCGACAAAAAGGCCGAAUGAAGUACCAUUAAGGAAGUUGAAUCACGCUGAAGUGUCGCCAAAGAGAGCGAAUACCUCAGAAUCUCAACAGAAACCGCAGAAAAUAUUCCAUAGGAGACGGUCUCCGGAAAGCCCCAAGCGGCAGGCAAGGUCGCCUGCGGCGCGCCAGUCUAAGGACGGGUCCCCGAUAUGCCAAGUGCGGGAUUUAACCCCGUCCCAGCUACGGAAGCGAUUCGAUGCGCCGAGUCCCAACGGAUCUACGGACUCCCGUGUUAUAGUAUUAGAAGCAGGAAAGGGUCUUCCUGAACCAUGCUGUUCAGGCGUAUCGCGAUCAAGGACGCUCAGCCGAACCAACAGCCGAGAGAAUCACAGCAAGCACAAUAAAAACAGUAAUCACGACAAUCAUGACAAUCAAAGACCUAUCCCCGCCAGCCAACCUAAUCACGACAACAUUGAUGAAGCCAGUCAACCUAGACACAGCAACAAUGAUAAUCAUAGAAGUAACCCCGCCAGUCAACCUAGACACAACAAAAAUGACAAUCACCGAACUAACCCCGCCAGUCAACCUGAUAAAGCCAACCCCGCCAGUCAACCUAGUAACAGCAACAACGAAAACCAAAGAACUGAACCCGCCAAUCAACCUAGUAACAGCAAAAAUGACAACCACCGAACCAACCCCGCCAGCCAACCUAAUCAAGCCAACCCCAGCAAACAUAACCGCCGAGCUUGCGACAACUCCAGCCAACUGAACGUCGACACACCCAACACAUCAACUUAUAACCACGACGAAUUCAAUCACGUGAGCGACGACCGCCACAGUCGGGUCAACAGGAGUCGCCUUGACAGUCAUAAUGACAACCGGACCAGUCGCGAUGGCAAUCACACCGGUCGCAAUGACGCUGUCAUGGACAGUGAUAGCAGUAAUAGUGACGUUGCUGAAGGGCGGACGAGGCGGGCGCGGAGGACUGUCGUCUAUAAGGAAAAACCACUUAACAGGAAAAUGCGAAGAUGAUGAAGCUGUUAUGAUAGCGGAAUUGUAGUAAAGAAAUAUACUAGUGUUUGGAGUAGUUGACACCCAAGCCAGAGGUACCAGUUUCGAUUUCCGGUCGGGGUGAUUUAGUGAAUAGAAUUGGACACAAGAACAUUGUUACAGGCAGAUGAAUGCAGAAUAACGCGCGAUACUUUCGCAGCGCCGUUGAUGCGCGUUUCUUGCGAGUGCUACAACUGUGUAAUUUUGUAUUCAUAAUAUAUUAGAGGACUUCUAACACGCGGUUUUGUCUGCGUAAAAUUUUUUAAAUGUUGCUUAAAGUUUAUUCAGUCUAUUUUUAUAAGAAGGCGGAAGAGAGAAAUAGAACCAAAAAAAUUUUACCCUAAUAAUUCUGUUAUGGAUUUAGACUUGCCAUACAGCAAUAUAUCAGAAAAAUAUAUAUUGACCGAUGCAAAACGGCGGAGCGUUUGACGUCUCAGUGUCUGCAUAUUUCCAGAACGGAUGAACCGAUUUUAAUUUUGUUUUAUUUCUUUGAAAUAUAUGUGUUGUAUACUAAA